UAGUCUUUCUUAAUGUUCAGUUUCUUCAGUUUCGAGUAACUGCAGCUGCAUCAACCACCAUGGAUCCUCAACCUCCGGCCACUGCAGCACCAACAACCACCGCCCCCACCGCUGCCGAACCCUCGCCACCACAACCUCCUCAACCAUCACCACCACCACAAUCACAACCUUCACCUUCUCCUUCUUCUUCUUCGUCUCUCCCUCCAUCUUCUUCUUCAGCUCCCCCCAAUCCAAACCCUACCUCCGUACAAAUCCCAACAACAACCUCCAAACCCCUCGCACCAUCCCCAGCCCCUCUUCAACCUCGCCACCCUCCUCCUUCCUUCAGCCGCAACCCGCCACCGCAACCGCAACCACCGCAGCAGCAUCAGCCUCACUCUCACUUCUCGUCACUCCCUCCUUCUUCCUCUGCCGCUGCUCCUCCUCCUUCGCCAUCCUCCGCCUCUCCGUCCGUUUCUGCCGCUCCGCGUGGCGGCAUGGCGAUCGGUGUACCCGCACACCACCAGAGCCCUUCCCCUCCGCCAUUCUCCUCUUCCUUUGGUCAGCAUUUUGGUGGUUUGGGCCGAACCGGAGUUAGCGUCGGAGAAUCUGCCUCCAAUAACGCAUCUUCUCAGGUGAGACCACCAAUGCAAGGAAUGGGAAUGUUGGGUUCGCUUGGAUCUGGAUCACAAAUGCGGCCAGGUGGGAUACCUGCACAUCAACAGAGACCUGUUCAAUCAUCUCUCAGACCACCACCCCCUGCACAGAAUAGUCCAACUACUGCUUCGCAAAGCUUCCAAGGGCAUGGACUUAUAAGAACCUCAUCAGUGGGAACACCUGCAACGCCAUCUCCAGGUGUACCUCAAAAUAUGCAGUCAGUUAAUCAGCCGUGGUUGUCAUCUGGACCACAGGGGAAGCCUCCUUUGCCAACCACUUAUAGGCAGCACCCGCAGCAAGUGAACCCACCAGCGUCCUUGCAGCAAAGGGCCCACAUUCCUCAGCAGCAGCAGUCUACACCAACAGCAUCACAGCCGCAGCCAUCUUUGCCAUCUAAUCAAUCACAGGAGCAUUUUGGGCAACAAGUUCCCCCAUCAAGGGCUCCACAUGUCCCUCAGCAGCAGCAGGUUACAAGGCUACAAGUCCCAGGAAAUCAGAAACCUUCAACUCUUGUGUCUGCUCAAUUCGCUGCUGCUCAACCAGGAAUUCAAAGUAGAUUAGCUACUGUGGAUACUGAUGAACCUUUUAAUAGUGUUCUCAGCAAAAGAAGCAUCCAUGAGCUAGUCAGUCAGGUUGAUCCUGCUGAGAAGUUGGAUCCUGAUGUCGCAGACAUUCUUGUCGAUAUUGCAGAAAAUUUUCUAGAAUCUAUAACAAAAUCUGGUUGCUCCCUAGCUAAGCAUCGGAAAUCAACAACUUUGGAAGCAAAAGACAUACUUUUACAUCUAGAGAAAACUUGGAAUAUGACACUUCCUGGAUUUGGUGGUGAUGAAAUUAAAAGCUACAAAAGACCGGUUUUCCUGUGUGCAUUCUAAAAAAUAUCCAUAAAAGUAAUUAAAAUUAAAACUAACAGCUAAAUCGAAGAAAUCAGUGUAACAGUCUCAAAACAGAUCCCAGAUAACAAGAACGGACAGAUCACAAGAAAA